AUGAGUAGAGGAGCUUCAAUCCACUUGAUCUUGACUGCUCUUGGCUUGGAAAAGUCCACUGAUGGAUGGACAAAAAAGCAACAACAGCAGGCAACAAGCAUUGUCGAUCAGCUUUACGAUAGCGGUGUGCCAUUUUUUACCAAGGAGAAGUUCCAAGUCAUCUCGCGGCAGUUAAAGCGUCAACCACCCUCGGGAGAUAGGAUCUUCCUCGAUGAUCUCUUUGGUACUAAACUUGAAUGUGUUUCGAGACUGGAGGAAACUGAAAAACCGGGCGAGGAAAGGAAAUUUGUCUACUCACAAUUUGGCCUGGCUUACUUGGGUAUCGAAGGCCUCAAGUAUUUCAUCAAAUCGGAUACCGAGAAACCUUCGGCUUUCGCCACUCUGCAGGUGACACUCGAGACGUAUCAGGUCAUUCUCGACAACGGUGCCAGGAAAACCAUCCCUGAUGGUGAGAUUCGCGACACUGAGACUACGGAAAAGUAUUUCAGAGAGAUGAUCCAGGUCUGGGAAGCGAGAAAGUCCUGCAAGAAGCUCAAGUCAGUUUUGUCUUCAGAAGCCAGCGGCCACAAAAUCAACAAAAUCUUCGGAACUGCCUGCGGUAGCCUGGCCAUGGCAGAAACAGAUGGCAUUGCCUACCAGCAUGCCUUUCUGCUUACCGUGCGGGAAUGGCUGAAGAGACGAGACGCAGACACUCAAACCCCGGACAUAAAAAUCCCCUGCUUCAUCCAGGAUCCGGGAAACACCUCUGUCGACAAGGAGGUUCUCCCUAAGUUUGACAUGACUGUGGUUGACGACGGGGAUGCCUUCAUCAAUGUCGAUGAGCAGUCAGUUUGGCUAUCUAUCGGACCUGAUAUACCUGUCAAGGAAGUCAUCGCGGAUAUCGCUAGACCUGCUGUUGUGAUCUGGACUUUGGUCGGAAGUCAGAGGAAUGUUGGAACUGCUGACCCGGACACUCCCCGUGUUAAGGACAUGAUGGGAAUGGAGUACGACGGGUAUGAACUUGGAGAGCCAGGGCAUUUUGCGGAUGCUUGGAUCUAUAUCCGAAAGACGAAGGAUGAGCCGCCUUUCCAGAGGAUGGUGAAACGAGAGGAUGACUAUCAGGCUGCUAGCCCAUCGUCGCAGAAAGAAUCUCAUGGUGCCCAAGAGGAGGCGAAGGAAAUCAUCGACAAACUCUACGAAUCCGGAGUGCCCCUUUUCACCAAAGCAUUAAUGCAGCACAUGUGGGAUCAGAUCAAGCGAGAACCAGCCCAAGGCGACAAAAUCCUUACCAAAGAUAUAACCGGCGCGAUUGUUGAUGAGGUGGACAAGAAGAUUUUCGACGAGGCUGGUAUCGAAGCGAUUGAAGAUCCGCAUGGUUGGCUCGAGGUAGACGAGCGCUCGAUGGUUCUCUCGAUAGCACCGAAUGUGCCUGUCAAGGAGAUCAUUACGGACAUUGCUCGGCCUGCGGUUAUUAUUUGGUGUCGAGUGGAGUUCGGAGAUGGACUUGUUCGGGGGUUAACUGAUACUGAUUCUUCGCGGAUCAGAGCAAUGACGGAGGGUUAUGAGCUGCAUAACUUUGGCCCUGAUGACGAGAUGUUCUCGGAUAUUGUGCUUUAUAUCCGGAAGUCGGAUCCCUCCCCCCCCCCCCCAUAUCGAAAGGNCACAUAUCGAAAGGCGGAAGACCCUCGACUCGGGACCUUCAUCUCUGGUCACGCGGCUUUCGUGCAGCCCAUCCUCGUACCUACGCCCCCAAUGGCCUCCGAGCGAGCGAUCGAUCGGGAAGAGCGACAGGGCCUUCGUGCCAUUCGCGAUUUCCUCAAGGCCCGAAACUCCUACGAUGUCCUACCGCUCAGCUUCCGACUCAUCAUCUUCGAUACGUCGCUCUCCGUCAAGGAGAGUCUGAACAUUCUGAUUCAAAACGGCAUCGUUUCAGCUCCAUUGUGGGACUCCAAAGCGUCCAAAUUCGCAGGUCUUCUGACCACUUCCGACUACAUCAAUGUCAUCCAAUACUAUUUCCAGAACCCCGCCGCACUGGACCAGAUCGAUCAAUUCCGCCUGGACAGUUUGCGAGAAGUUGAAAAGGCGCUAGGCGUGGCGCCGCCGGAGACCGUCUCCAUCGAUCCAGAGCGUCCUCUCUACGAUGCGUGUCGGCGAAUGCUGGAAUCGCGCGCCCGCCGUAUCCCCCUCGUCACCAGCGAUAGCCAGACCGAGCGGCCCCACGUUCUUAGCGUCAUCACGCAAUACCGCAUCUUGAAAUUCGUCGCCGUCAAUGUCCCCGAUACGCAGCAGCUGCGGCGUCCGCUGGGGGAGCUCUUGCUUGGAUCGUAUGAUAACGUUGCUACGGCUUCGAUGGACACCCCGGUCAUUGAUGUCAUUCAUAUUUUGGUCGAGCGUAGCAUAUCCAGCGUGCCGAUUGUGAACUCGGAAGGCGUGGUGUAUAAUGUAUUCGAGUCGGUCGAUGUCAUUACUUUGAUUAAGGGUGGUUUCUAUGAUGAUUUGAGUCUCACAGUUGGGGAAGCAUUGAAGAAACGUUCUCCGGGUUUCCCGGGUAUCUACACAUGUUCAUUGAAUGAUGGAUUGGACACUAUCUUUGAUACUAUCCGCAAAUCACGAGUGCACCGUCUCGUUGUCGUGGAUGAGCACUUCAAACUCAAGGGCGUUCUGACUCUGAGUGAUAUCCUGCACUACAUUCUUCUCGAGGGAGAGAAUGAAGAAGCAUGA